UCUAUCGGAUGUCUCCAGGCGAGCUUGAUGAGCUUCGCCGACAUCUCAAGGAACUCGCCGAGUGUCUCUCCUUAUGGGUCUCCAGUUUUAUUUGUGCCUAAGAAGAAGGAGGGAACCCUUAGGCUGUGCAUUGACUAUAGGGGCCUCAAUGCCAUCACCGUCAAGAACAGAGAGCCCCUACCGCGCAUCGACGAUCUGCUAGAUAGAAUGCAAGGGUGUCGGUACUUCAGCAAGAUAGAUUUGAAGUCCGGGUACCAUCAAAUUGCCAUACGGCCCGAGGAUCAACACAAAAACGCUUUUCAGACCAGGUGCGGUCUGUACGAGUUUGUGGUGAUGCCUUUUGGUCUUUGCAAUGCUCCUGGCACCUUUCAGCACGCUAUGAAUUGGAUAUUCCAUGACUACUUGGAUAAGUUUGUCRUCGUGUACCUCRAUGWCAUACUUAUUUUYAGUAAGACUGUCGAGGAACAYRURGCAYAYUURGACAAAGUYCUCRGYCUCCUGCGACAGCACAAGUUCAAGAUCAAYGGKGARAAGUGCGAGUUUGGCCGCACCCGURUCUUGUACUUSGGUCAUGAGAUYUCYGCGGARGGRUUGAAGCCCGAUGACGCGAAGGUGGCUAGCAUUCGUGAUUGGCCACGUCCUCAGUCUGUGACUGAGAUGAGAUCUUUCUUAGGAAUGACAGGCUACUAUAGGACUUUCGUUAAGAAUUACAGCAUAGUGGCGGCUCCUUUGACUGAUCUGACCCGCCUUGACAACCCUUGGGAAUGGACAGAUAAGUGCGAGGCUGCUUUCAGACAUCUGAAACAUGCACUGACGCACUAUGAAGUCUUGAAACUUCCUUAUCCUGACAAGCUGUUUAUAGUCACAACGGAUGCCAGCCAAUAUGGCAUUGGCGCCGUGCUUGCGCAGCAGGAGGGGCCAAAGUUGAGACCAGUAGAGUACAUGUCCAAGAAAAUGCCGUCUCAGAAGUUGGCUAAGUCCACUUAUGAGAAGGAACUCUAUGCGGUGUACAAGGCUCUCACCCAUUGGAGACACUAUCUCCUUGGGCCGUUCUUCAUCCUCCGGAUUGAUCAUCAGACCCUGAGAUGGAUGGGAACACAACCGGUACUCUCUGAUGCUCUCAAGCGUUGGAUCGAAGUCAUUGAGCAAUAUGACUUUGACCCUCAGUAUCUCAAAGGGGAGUACAACAAGGUUGCUGAUGUCUUGUCACGCAGACCGGACUUCUCAGGUGCAUUGAUUACUGAGUUCGAUCUGACGGACGAUGUUACUCAGUCUUUGGUGGAAGCCUAUCGUCAGGACCAGUUUAUGUCUGAGAUUAUACGCAGACUUGAGGCGAAGGAUAAGAAGACCUCCGCCGAGUUUGAGUUGGUCAAUGGAUUGUUGUUCUUAGAGAAGGCAAGGAAUAAACGCUUGUGUGUCCCAAAUAGCGAGCCUUUGUGUAGUUUGUUUUUAGGCGAAUGUCAUGAUGCCACCGACCAUUUUGGGUACAAGAAGACCGCAGCCAACUUGCUGCAGCGGCUCUAGUGGCCAACGAUGAUGAAAGAUGCACAACUGUACGUGGAAACUUGUCAAGUAUGCCAAAGAGACAA